AUUUUAGAGGCCUUUGCUGCAGAGGACAAUCACUUCGUAAGGAAUUGCAAAAGACUUAUAUCCCUAAGCAGUGCUGUGGCCACCAUGCCCCAGUAUGAAUUCCGGCAAAUCUGUGACACUAAGCUGGAAAGCAUUAGCAGAAGGCUCACAAACUACCAAGAGUUUGCAGAUGAAUUGAAAACAAAGGUGAGCCCAGCCUUCAAACAAGCUGUCAUGGAACCACAUUCCCUCAACAGCAUGGAUUUCUGCCCCACCAACUGCCAUAUUAACCUCAUGGAAGUAUCAUACCCCAAAAACACUACCUCAGCAGGGAGGUCGUUCAGCAUUCGCAUUGGACGAAAGCCCUCUAUUAUUGGUCUUGAUCCAGAACAAGGUACCUUAAAUCCAGUCUCAUAUACUCAACAUUGCAUCGCCACUAUGGCUGCACCAUCUUGGAGAUGUCUGACCCCAGAAGAUGGAGAUCUUGAUGGUAGUUUUGGCCAGCAGAAUGGAGGAACAAUUCAGGAAGAAAGGGGACUCAGUUUUCUGUUGAAACUGGAAGAUCGGGAGAUACAGGACUCCUACGUGCACCUUUUUAACAAACUUGAUGUUGCAGUGAAGGAAAUGAAGCAAUAUGUCAUUCAGAUAAACAAACUUUUGUCCACCAUAACAGAACCUACAGAAGGUGGUGCCUGUGAGCCACCAUCUACUGAGGAGACGUCUCCGCCUUCCCUGGGAACAGAAGAGAGUGAUCCUGACAAAGCUGAGCAUGGUGGAAUCAAGAAGGUCUGUUUCAAAGUUUCUGAGGAGGACCAGGAAGACUCUGGACAUGACACAAUGAGUUUCAGAGACUCCUACAGCGAAUGUAACAGUAACCGGGACUCAGUUUUGUCGUACACCAGCGUACGGAGUAACAGCUCUUACUUGGGCAGUGACGAGAUGGGAUCAGGAGAUGAGCUUCCCAGCGAUAUGAGGAUUCCUUUAGACAAGCAAGACAAACUUCAUGGCUGUCUGGAACAUCUUUUUAACCAGGUUGAUGCAAUCAAUGCACUUCUAAAAGGACCAGUAAUAACUAAGGCCUUUGAAGAAACCAAGCACUUUCCAAUGGACCACAGUUUGCAAGAAUUUAAACAGAAGGAAGAAACCACAGUUAGGUGCCGGAAUAAUAUUCAAGCCAGCAUUCAAGAAGAUCCAUGGAACCUUCCAUUGCGCAUCAAGAACCUUGUUGAAAUCAUACAAAAACAUGUGGAAGAUGGGAAGAAUCAGCUGCUUUUGGCCUUGUUAAAAUGCACAGAUACUGAGCUACAGCUGAGACGUGAUUCCAUCUUCUGUCAGUCUCUUGUGGCUGCUAUUUGCACCUUUUCAGAGCAGUUGCUCGCUGCUCUCAACUAUCGAUACAACAACAAUGGGGAAUACGAAGAGAGCAGCAGAGACGCCAGCAGAAAAUGGCUGGAACAGAUAGCAGCCACUGGUGUUUUACUAAACUACCAGUCUCUUCUCUCCCCCACUGUGAAAGAGGAGCGUACCAUGCUGGAAGACAUCCAGGUCACUCUGACUGAACUGGACAAAGUUGCCUUCUAUUUCAAGCAGCUGGAUGAAAGUCUUGUAGCAAAUACUCACGUCUUCUACCACAUCGAAGGAAGUCGUCAGGCCUUGAAGGUUAUCUUUUAUCUUGACAGCUACUACUUCUCCAAACUGCCUUCUCGGUUUCAGAAUGGGGGAAGCUUGAAACUGCACACGGUGCUCUUUACAAAAGCUCUGGAGAGUAUGGAGGGACAAUCACAAGCAGCUGGCUCAUCUCCAGAAGAACUCCCACAGCAAAUUAAUGGUAUUUCACUUGAAAAAGUGCAGCAAUACUACCGUAAACUCAGGACAUUUUACCUAGAGAGAUCGAACUUGCCCACUGAUUCCAAUACUACUGCAGUGAAAAUUGACCAGCUUAUUCGCCCCAUUAAUGCAAUGGAUGAGCUUUGCAGGCUGAUGAAGUCUUUCAUUAAUACAAAACCAACGCAGUCAGGCUAUUCUAGCAGUCACACCUCUGGAGCUGGCCUGCUACCUAUAUCCUCUGAGCUCUGUUACCGACUUGGAGCCUGUCAGAUUGCUAUGUGCGGCACUGGGAUGCAGAGAAGUACGUUGAGUGUGUCCCUGGAGCAAGCGGCCAUACUGGCUCGAAGUCACGGCCUUUUGCCCAAGUGUAUCAUGCAAGCUACAGACAUCAUGCGAAAGCAAGGACCAAGGGUUGAAAUCUCUGCCAAGAAUCUGAAAGUGAUGGACCAAAUGCCACAGUGUGCACCUCGACUCUACAGGUUGUGCCAGCCACCUACAGAUGGGGAUUUAUAA